AUGCCUUCUUUUGUAAAAGCAAUAUUCUAUCAAGACUGUGGGAGCAAUCCUUGUCAGAACGGCUGGUGUGAGGAGACUAUGGAAGGCUAUGAAUGUCACUGCCCAGAUGAAUUCCAAGGAAAACACUGUGACGAACCUGACACGACACCUCCUAAUGUUACAUGCCCCGAUGAUGUGUUCAAGACUGUUGAGCUUGGUACUCUUAAAGUACCCAUCAACUUUACUGAGCCAUCAGCUACUGAAAUAUCAGGCAAUGCUACAUUAUUCUUCAGAAACUACAGCUCUGGUGACGAAUUUCCAAUUGGGUCAACUCUCGUUGAGUAUGUGUUUUCUGAUGGGAGUGGAAAUCAAGCAUCGUGCAACUUCACAGUGGUCGUCAAUACAAUUGACACGACCCCUCCUGAUGUUACAUGUCCUGAUGAUUUCAUCAAGACUAUCGAGCUUGGUCCGUUAAAAGUCUUCGUUAACUUUACUCAGCCAUCAGCUAGUGAUAUAUCAGGCAAUGCUACAUUGGUCUCGGGUAACCAUAGCUCUGGUGACGAUUUUCCGGUUGGCUCAACUCUCGUGGAAUAUGUCUUUUCUGAUGGGAGCGGAAAUCAAGCAUUGUGCAAUUUCACAGUGGUCGUCAAUACAAUUGACACGACCCCUCCUGAUGUUACAUGUCCUGAUGAUUUCAUCAAGACUAUCGAGCUUGGUCCGUUAAAAGUCUCCGUUAACUUUACUCAGCCAUCAGCUUGUGAUAUAUCAGGCAAUGCUACAUUGGUCUCGGGUAACCAUGGCUCUGGUGACGAUUUUCUGGUUGGCUCAACUCUCGUGGAAUAUGUUUUUUCUGAUGGGAGCGGAAAUCAAGCAUUGUGCAAUUUCACAGUGGUCGUCAAUACAAUUGUGAGAUGCCCUGGUGAUAUCAACAUCACAACUGAGCUUGGUACUUUGAAAUUGAAUGUUAAUUUCACUGAGCCAUCAGCCACUGAUAUGGGCAAUGUUACCUUGGUCUCGGGUAGCCAUAACUCUGGUGACGAAUUUCCGGUUGGAUCAACUUUCGUGGAGUAUGUCUUUUCUGAUGGAAGUGGAAAUCAAGCAUCAUGCAACUUUAGUGUGGUCGUCAGCACAAUUGACACCACUCCUCCAGAUGUUACAUGCCCUGAUGAUGUCUUCAAGACUAUUGAGCUUGGUACUCCCAAAGUACCCAUCAACUUUACUGAGCCAUCAGCUUCUGAUAUAUCAGGCAAUGCUACAUUGGUCUCCAGAAACUACAGCCCUGGUGAUAAAUUUCCAGUUGGGUCAACUCUCGUUGAGUAUGCAUUUUCUGAUGGGAGCAGAAAUCAAGCAUCGUGCAACUUCACAGUGGUCGUCAAUGCAAACAUGUCAGGUGACUUCGAUUACCCCUUGGGCCUUGAGAAUGGAUUCAUUCCUGAUUCAAGUUUAAAGGCUUCAAGUUCUUCGCAUACUAUUAGCAAUGGUAUUCAUUAUAGAUGUCCACCACAAAGGGUGCGUUUAUCUACAGUCAGUAAGGAGCUGGGAAAUGGUACCAUACUCUGUGGAGCUUGGAAACCGGCUAAUCAUAAUAAGAACCAAUGGAUACAGGUCGACCUGUCAACCCUGUUCCGAGUACGAGGAGUGGCAACACAAAAUAACUAUGGCGCUAAUCAAUGGGUGACUAGCUACAAGAUCAAAUGCAGUAGAGAUGGUGUUCACUUUGAUACCUUGCAGGAUAUCAGCAAGAAUCAAGACAAGGUCUUUCAGGGUAAUUCAGACCGCAACACUGUUGUGAAGAAUGCCUUCCCCGAGGCCACGGUAUGUCGUUUUAUCCGUCUUCUACCCAUAUCAUGGAAUGACCGGAUCGCUCUUCGUAUGGAGCUAUAUGGAGAUCAUCCUAUUAUGUGUGAGAAGUAGCUAGACUUACAUAAUUAGAAUUAUCUCAUUUGCUUCCUUUGAAUCUGACAGAGAAUUUACAAUUUCAUGUUAUACACAAAACUUAAUAGAUAAUAACACUACAACUUAUAUGGUGCACUGCAAAAACUCCGGUGUUGAUUUAACACCAGCCCGGAAUCUAUAUAAUGUCCACACUAGAGAAGUAUUGAAACCACACUCGUUUGGAAUCAAACCGAUGUUGUUUUAAUACUAAUUGGUGUUGUAUAAACACCUAUCUGGUGUUAGACCAAAACGAAAAUGAUGUUGUUUAACAUUUCUGUGGCACUAAGAGCGGGUCAGCUUUGAUCUCACCGUCAGGCGCAAAUGAUAUUAUAUAUGUGACAUGCCACCCCCAAAUCAACGAUAAGUCAACCAAAAUGAUUUUUUAGUUUCGUAUUUUUUUUUCAAAUUUCUUUUUCCCCCACAGUAGGGUGUUUUAUUCAAUAAACCUUCAGUUUACAUAAACAUUUACUUUCACAGUCAAUAUAGCUCCAGUUUAUAUUUUUUUCACAGUCAAUGUACAAAGAUAAUGUAUUUAACUUGGAAUGCACAUUAUUCAAGCUUUAUUAAAGGAAGUUGAUCAACAAUUAUCCAUUCAAGUAUUUGAUUGAAGAAUAAAUUCAGUGAGCGCUCCACAAAAUAUUAAGUGUUACAUGUCUGAUAUCCAUCCUAGUAUAGCGUAAUGAGGCAAAUGAGUUGAGGGGGCAAGACAUGACGUUAGGGACGAUAUUUCUUAAAUUCUGCGAGCGAGGGAACCGAGCGAAAAAGAAUGACUUUUAGAUAUACGGAAUUCUAAUUUUUGUUUUAUAUUUUAUAAUAUUCAAAGAAUAAUGUGACAUUUCAGUUCUACCUUCUUUCCUUUACGUAUUUUUUCUCUUUCUCAAUUUUUAUUAAACGUGAAACUUUCUUGGGGGGGGGGGGGGCUUGGCUCCCAAGUUCACAUCUCUUCAGUGCUCCAUCCCGCGUCUGUCUGUCAAAGAGAGUGGAAUGAAUCCAAGCAUGGAUAAGGAUAUUGCAAUGGUUAUUCACAAAUAUAUAACACGAUUGCCAAUUUAAUCGAUUUCUUUAAACUUAGACCCUGACGUUGCUAACUGGCAAUGCAUAUCGCUGAAGUGCUACCACUUUGCUGGCCCACAUACUUGGGACAAAGCGAAAGAGUUUUGUAGCAACCUAUCAAGUGUACCUACGAUAACCGGAAACAAGAAACCGUCUCUCCUCGAUGUGGAAACCGAUGACGAAAUCCGAGACAUCAAUGAGACCGGUUGGGACUUGACUCCGGGUGUUUGGAUUAACUGCCAUAAGGAAACCGAAGGGGAACUCAUCUGUGACGUGGACGGUGAAGGAACUCUGCAAAAUACAGACAGUAUGUAAGGCUCAUAUCUUUUGAUUUGCUUACUUAUACUCGAUAUUCUUGCGGGAUUAAAUCGCAUAUCAAUGGCGUAACUGAUAUCACAGGG